AUGAGAAUCACAGGAUUUCAGUUAAUAACUAGGAGACUGUCUGUGAAACAAGGAUUCUUCUCCAGAAUACUGAUUGCUCCAAAGAUUCCUUUCCAAGUGUACCAGAAACACUUCAUGGAAACCACGUGCAGGUUACUAGAAAAGAAGAGUAACGAAGAUCUGUUAUACUUUCAACACUUGUUCUACGAAACUCAUCCAAACCUUAAGACCUCAAAAUUUAUUCAAAUUUUGAAAACUCUGGGGAACGGAAACAGGGAUGUACAGUUCGAUCCUCAUCCAGUUAGUCAAGUUCAAGAAACAAAUAACCAGUUAGACUUAUUACCACAUGAUCCUUUAUCAUCAUCUUUAGAGGCAGAAUUUAUUGACAACUUAGCUCCGGUCUUAUCUCCUUCUUUUAACUUGGCCGCUUAUGCAACUCGUUCUCGGACUUUGCAGGAAUUAGUUAAGCUUGGAGUUGAUCUUUCUCGCAUCGAGAAGCGGGCAGGGUUGGCAAAAUUUGUUCUCAAGUUGGAUUUUGAUAAAAACAUUAAACACCACAUCCAGUUUCUGCAUGACCUAGGUGUUCCAUCAGAUGAGCUUGGGACAUUUUUGACUCAUAACCCUCUAAUCUUCAAAGAGUCAUUGGAUGACUUACAAGUUCGAGUCAACUAUUUAGAGUCAAAGAAGUUUUCCACAGAUUCUAUAACUCGUAUAGUGUCUAAAGCACCAUUCUGGUUGUUAUUUAGCACUAAAAGAAUUGACAGAAGGUUGGGUUUCUUUCAGAAAGAAUUCCAGUUAACAGGAGAUGAGCUUAGACACAUAGUGACACGGUUACCAAAGUUAGCACUAUGGAGCCUGCAUAAAGUUAAGCAAACAAACUUCUCUGUUAAAGAAGAAAUGGGAUUUUCAGAAGAAGAAACUAAACAGCUGUUAAUUAAGAAACCAAAAAUCUGGCUACUAGGUGAGUACAAAAUUCUUUUAAACUUAAACCUUAGACUUAGACAAAAAUAGAUCAUAAUUCAUCAA